AUGAGGAUAUCUGCAAGAGCACAGGGAACAAUCCCUGUCCCAGUGCCUAUGAUUAGUGCACCUCCGAUAAUCGACACUACACCCUACUCCCCUGCUGGAUUAUUGGCCGUCAAAAUCUACGUUUUUGGAGGGCUUGCAUUCAUGAUUGGUGUGGUGUUAACCGCUAUCGGCUUUUGGAUAUACACCGUUGUAAUCAGAGGUGAAUAUGCAGAUUCACCUCCGUGGCUCGACCUGCACCCAGAGCGUAUGCGAGAGAAAGAAAAGGCUCGCAUAGCUCGUCUCAAGCAGCAGAAGGCAGAAAAAAUAGAGGCCAAGAAACGCAAGCAGGAGGAAAAAUUCACUCCUCCACCUGUGCGCUAUCAGCAACGUAAGGACGGCAGGAACCGUGCUUACUCGCUACCGGCUAAGCCUGCUCUACGCAAGCCGUCGGACUCUUCUUCUACCACACUCCAGAUGCGCAAAUCCAGCAUGUCGUCCAGUCCCACUAAAGGCAAACGCGUCAGUUGGGCAUCAUCUACAUCUACCCUUGAUGUGAACGGCUGUGCGUCUGAGAAACCGAUUGAGGAGAAAACCGUCGCCAGCAACCCUCGCCGACGCCGUUCAACUUCGCAAUCGCAAACCUCUCUUCCUCCCCUUCCUCCUUUACCCUCGUUAUACGAAAUCAUCCACCCCCUGCCAGAAGCGCACACAUACGUUUCUCCGUCUGUCGAGCUUCGUGCCCGCCGCGGGAGACAAAUGAUAGCUAUGACUACACCUGAAAUAGCGGCUCGAUGGGCCAUGCCAAACGAACCCAUCACUAGCAAUCAAGUUGACCCACUGGAUGAAUUUAAAAAUCCUUGCUAG